AUGAGAAAAGUAUAUUCUCAACAACCAAAAAUUAAUCAAAUAUUUUUGAAGCAAGUUCCGAUUAAAUUUUUUAAUGCAAAUUUUUUGAAGAUAUUGCUACUCUCAAAAAUAUAUAAUGUGGCUGGAAGUUGAUAUGAAUAUUUAUUGAUAAUUCUAUUCUUCUACUCAAGGCUUCUUAAGUAUAUUAUUGAAUUAGACUAUAUUAAAAAUCAAUUAGCUUUAAAAUUGAAGUAA